UUUCUUCUCUUCUCUUCUCUCUUCCUACGUGAGCGUCAGUUUUCGUUGUGCCUUUGGUAAUAUAAGCCAAGUCUACGAUCAGACAUAGAAAAUUUGGAAGGAAUUAACGAGCCAUAAUCGGCCAACAUCAGCCAAAGAAAGACAGCGGAACGUGACGAAUUAGCGGUGCGCGUCGCGUCGAUCACACUUCGGACCAUCGCGUCCUCCUCACCCUCACCACGAGUCCGUCUCGUAUAUACAUUGCUCGUUCAAUCAUCACCCUUUACCACCAACUUCAGUAACAGAGCAAGCGCAUAUACGCCAUGUCCGUCUCUGACGCCGUACUCACUCAGAUACUCGUUCAGCUGCAAGACUUGCAGAAGUCUCAGCAGGUCUUAGCUGCGAAGGUAGACUCCAUUCUGUCUUCCGGAGCAAGUUCACCUCGUGGACCUGCAACAAGCUUGCCACACCAAGGUCGAGAGACGCCUUCGGUACUGCCGUCAGUCGACACUCACGCUGCUUCACCGUCGUCGUCCAUUGUUGCGCUCUCGUCAUCCUUGUCUCCAACUUCCACCUCACCUCCUAAGAAUGGUUCGCCCCUGUUUUCUGAGAAGGAAAGAGAACGUGCUUUGUACCCUUCACGAGUUAUCCUAACGACAUAUCCUGACCAACAUGGAAUAAAACCAUACCCUCUGACUUGGGGUGCGCAAGAUGCAAAGGUCAGAGGUCCCAUCAUCUGCUCUCGCCUUUCAUCCUCCAUCAAACAACGCAAUGCAAUUGGUGCUCAUUCAGGCUCCUAUUCGAUCUAUCGCGCUUUGGCUGUGGCCCUCGGCACUCUAUCUCCUACUCACAAACCCGCGUAUGCACUUACGGAACCCCCAGUUCCAAUCCCACCUGUCCCAGCAUGGUCUGACCCAUCAAAGAUUGUCUCGUUUGAUCCCUGGGGACAUCUGGCACCACAAGUAUUCCGCGAAGAAAUGGAGAGCAAGGGAUUGGAUAUUCGCCCAAGUAUUGCUGUUACCAAAGCGCAUAUUAAGCUUUCUGAAUUGGACGAGGCUGCACGGAAGGGCAGUAUACCAAUUGAUGGGAGAAUUGUUCUCAAGAGCAGACCAUUACUGAAUGCUGAUGGUACUCAAAGUGAUGCUGAUCCGGGAGUUGAGCUGGUUACAAGCAAGGCUGCUGUGGAACCUGUGUGGUAUUUGCCCGGCGUAGCGGAACGAUUUGGCAUUUCUGAAUCACUCCUGCGCCGUGCACUUUUUGAGGAUACUGGAGGAAUGUACCCCGAACUUAUAACACGGCCAGAUGUGAAGGUCUUCCUACCUCCGAUUGGAGGCCUGAGUGUCUAUAUCUUCGGUCCACCCGAGUAUAUGCGCGAUGAGUCAAAGGAGCUCACUUUGCGUGUGCACGACGAAUGUAACGGCUCAGACGUCUUCGGUUCGGAUAUCUGCACUUGCAAGCCAUAUCUUAUCUUUGCAAUUGAGGAAUGUGUACGCUGUGCACAGCGCGGAGGUGUCGGUGUAGUUGUCUACUUCCGCAAGGAAGGCCGUGCGCUGGGAGAGGUUACGAAAUACUUAGUAUACAACCUGCGGAAGCGAGGCGGAGACUCUGCGGACAAAUACUUCAAAUCAACUGAGGUCAUUGCAGGAGUGAAGGAUAUGCGUUUCCAAGCACUCAUGCCGGAUAUUCUCCAUUGGCUCGGUAUCACGAAGAUCGAUAAUAUGGUAUCGAUGAGUGACAUGAAAUACAACGCGAUCGUUCAGUCCGGUAUCCCAAUUCACAAACGAUACGACCUCCCGGAGUACCUCAUCCCUCCCGACUCUCGUGUAGAGAUAGACGCGAAGAUUGCCGCAGGGUACUUUACGAGCGGGAAGAAAGUCACUGAGGCUGACCUUGCGAAGACUGUGGGUCGUACAUGGGAGGAGACAGACCACUGAUCAGUGAUCGACGUUGUCUGGUUAUGGUAAUGGUAAUGAUGGUAAUGAUCACGUGUUGAUGCCAAGAGGAUUGAAUGAAUGUAAUAUAAUUACUG